AUGUCGAAUUCAGGGGAACCCAUGUCGGAGAUAGGGUUAGAGGAGCUGACAGAUCGGUUGAUAUUGAGCUUUGAUGAAGAAGAUUCCGGUGUUAAUGUUAACAAGCCGGAUUUUCGAGAACUUGAUCUGGGCUCUCCUAUUUCGCCGCUGAGGACUCGCCAGAGUGGAGUCACCGCUAUCACCACGAGCAGCAGUUCCAGUUCCUCGGGAUCGGUGUCCGGAAGGAAUUCCAGUGGGCCCAGCCCGACUCUCCCGAAAAAGACUGAUUCCCAAAAAAGCCAUUCCGGCGAGCUUUCGGGCUGUUCCGUGGAGAGUUCCCCGUCGAGUGUUCGUAAUUUCAAACCUGGCCAUUCCCGAUCUUAUUCUGGGGGUAUACUCCCGCUAAUUCACUCCGGUGGGGGUUCAGUCAAUUCUCCGUCGGUCAAUGUCCUUCCUACCGGGAAUAUUUGUCCCUCCGGCAAGAUUUUGAAAACUGGCAUGGUUAGCCGGUCCACCAAGACCGAUGUUUUGCGUUCUGGCAGUGGGAAUUAUGGCCACGGCAGCAUAAUACGAGGCGGUCUUGCAUCUAAAUCCGAUGGUGGGCCGCCGCCGUCACCGAAUUACUCGAGAGGACUAAUCGUUGGCAGCGAGCCAGUGAAGAAAAUGGGAAUGCACAUUAGUAAUGAUCCAGAGGAGUUGAAGAGAAUAGGAAAUGAAAACUACAAGAAAGGUCAUUUCGCCGAUGCCUUAGGCUUCUACGAUAAAGCAAUCGCAAUAUCUCCGGGCAAUGCCGCCUACCAUUUCAACCGGGCGGCAGCUUUGAUGGGCUUGAGGCAUUUGCCCGAGGCCGUGAGGGAAUGCGAGGAGGCGAUUAGGUUGGAUCCGGGCUAUGUUCGUGCUCACCAUCGCUUAGGAUCUUUGCUUCUUAGUUUAGGACAGGUCGAGAAUGCCCGGAAGCACCUUUGUUUUCCAGGGCAUCAAUCGGAUCCAAUCGAGUUGCAGAAGUUGCAUGCUGUGGAGAAACACCUGACCAAAUGUGCUGAUGCUCGGAGAGUUGGAGACUGGAGAAUCGCAUUGAAGGAAGCUGAUGCUGCCAUUGCUUCGGGAGCUGACAUGUCGCCUCAGCUUUGUGCGUGUAGAGCAGAAGCUCUCUUGAAGCUCAACCAACUAGACGAUGCAGUUCUGGCUCUAUCUAAUAUUCCUAAACUUGAAUCAUCCAACAUUUCCCAUUCUCAGUUGAAAAUUUUUGGGAUGCUUUUUGAAGCAUACCCUUUCUAUGUCAGAGCCCAAAUUGACUUGGCAAAGGGAAGGUCUGACAAUGCACUUAGAGCCAUCGAGAAAGCAGGACAAAUUGACCCUCUAAACGUUGAAAUUUCGUUUAUACUUAACAAUGCGAAGUUAGUGGGUCGAGCUCGUGCUCGUGGGAAUGAUCUCUUCCAAUCGGAAAGGGCAGCUUGUUGGUUUAAGCUUGGACAGUGGGAGCGGUCAGUGGACGACUGCAAUGUAGCUCUCCGUAUUCAGCCCAACUACAUUAAAGCUCUACUUCGAAGGGCUGCCUCAAACAGCAAGCUGGAACGAUGGGCUGAAGCUGUGAGAGAUUACGAGGUUUUGAAAGGGGAACUCCCAGAUGACAAUGAGGUUGCCGAGUCUUUAUUUCAUGCUCAAGUUGCAUUGAAGAAAUCUCGGGGAGAGGAUGUUUAUAACAUGAAAUUUGGUGGAGAAGUGGAGUCUGUUUCAGAUCUUGAGCAGUUCCGAGCUGCAAUUUCUUCACCUGGUGUAACUGUGGUCCAUUUUAAAGCAGCAUCCAACCUACAAUGCCAACAGAUUUCUCCAUUCCUGGACACUUUGUGUGCUCGGUAUCCAUCUGUAAAUUUUCUUAAGGUGGAUGUCGAUAAGAGCCCUGCAGUCGUUCAUGCCGAGAAUGUCAGCAUUGUACCUACAUUCAAGAUAUACAAGAGGGGCAGCCGAGUGAAGGAAAUGGUCUGCCCUAGUCCGGAGCUGGUUGAAUCCUCUGUGAGGCAUUAUAGCAUUUAG